AUGGCGGCCGCCAGCGGCUACACGGACCUGCGGGAGAAGCUCAAGUCCAUGACGUCCCGAGACAACUACAAAGCGGGCAGUCGGGAGGCCGCGGCCGCCGCCGCCGCCGCCGUGGCCGCCGCCGCCGCCGCGGCCGCCGCCGCCGAGCCCUACGCGGCGCCCGGAGCCAAGCGCAAGUACGCGGAGGACUCGGACCCCGAGCGCAGCGACUUUGAGGAGCAGCAGCUGCAGAAGGAGGAGGAGGCGCGCAAGGUGAAGAGCGGCAUCCGCCAGAUGCGCCUGUUCAGCCAGGACGAGUGCGCCAAGAUCGAGGCCCGCAUCGACGAGGUGGUGUCCCGCGCCGAGAAGGGCCUGUACAACGAGCACACGGUGGACCGGGCCCCGCUGCGCAACAAGUACUUCUUCGGCGAGGGCUACACGUACGGCGCCCAGCUGCAGAAGCGCGGACCCGGCCAGGAGCGCCUCUACCCGCCGGGCGACGUGGACGAGAUCCCCGAGUGGGUGCACCAGCUGGUGAUCCAGAAGCUGGUGGAGCACCGCGUCAUCCCCGAGGGCUUCGUCAACAGCGCCGUCAUCAACGACUACCAGCCCGGCGGCUGCAUCGUGUCUCACGUGGACCCCAUCCACAUCUUCGAGCGCCCCAUCGUGUCCGUGUCCUUCUUCAGCGACUCCGCGCUCUGCUUCGGCUGCAAGUUCCAGUUCAAGCCUAUCCGGGUGUCGGAGCCCGUGCUUUCUCUGCCGGUGCGCAGGGGAAGCGUGACUGUGCUCAGUGGAUACGCUGCGGAUGAGAUCACGCACUGCAUCCGGCCUCAGGACAUCAAGGAGCGCAGAGCAGUCAUCAUCCUCAGGAAGACGAGAUUAGAUGCACCCCGGUUGGAAACAAAGUCCCUGAGCAGCUCCGUGUUACCACCCAGCUAUGCCUCAGAUCGUCUGUCGGGAAACAACAGGGACCCCGCUCUGAAACCCAAGCGAUCCCACCGCAAGGCAGACCCUGAUGCUGCCCACAGGCCUCGGAUCCUGGAGAUGGACAAGGAGGAGAACCGGCGCUCGGUGCUGCUGCCCACACACCGGCGGAGGGGCAGCUUCAGCUCGGAGAACUACUGGCGCAAGUCCUACGAGCCCGCGGAGGACUGCCAGGAGGCAGCGGGCAGCCCCGCCCGCAAGGUGAAGAUGCGGCGGCACUGAGGCCUGAGCCUCCGGGACUCGGCUUGAUCCUCACUAGCUGCCCCUCCUUUUGUUUCGUUCUGAGGGUUUUUUUUUUCCUUUUCUUUUCUUUUUUUGAUUCUUAUAUUUUUUUUCCGUGGUUUGUUGCCUGUUAAUAAGGCUGAAGAACAGAAUUGGCCAGGACCUGGUUCUCAUUCAUGUUCUUGGUUUUCCUCCUGGAUGGAAAGGCUGUUGGCAUCUGUAGGCACAGAAGCUCACGCUGGAGUGGCCAGUGGAGGCGUGGGGGGCAGCUGUCCUCACGUGGGGCUGUGUCAGGCUGGGUUUAUUUAAAAGCAACAAAAUGUUUUGGUUUAGAAAAAUUCUUGUUUUGCUUUCAAUGUAAAUCUUCUUAGUGUUGUAAAUGAAGUUCAAUCUCCUCCCCCUCCCCCCACUGCCGUCUGAUGGGUUGAGGUCUUGCCGGCUCUGCAGGGGGCCUGCUGCCCUCCCACCCCUCACCUGCUCUCCAGGCCCCAGCAGCUCACGCAGAUACCCCCUCCUCCUGCAGCAGUUGUUAGGGAUGACCGGGCAGAGGCCUAGAUAGUGCCAGCCCCUGUUGCCCCAGAGCUGUUCAGUUGGCUGAGACCCCGGGCUUCCUGCAUGCCCUCUGGCCUGCUCUGCCCACGGGUCCCUGGGCUGCCCAGGGGCCGGCUGCAGUGGUCCUGACCUCUUGCCAGGGGCCCGCCUCUUUGCUGGGUUGCUCCUUUUAAGCAUACACGUGUGAUUGUGUGGAACAGUUAGACUUCCCGUGUUGGGGCAGUUUUAGGAAUUGUUUCUAGCUGGAGGGACUGGUGUCCUUCUGAGUCUAGCGUUUGGGCUAUGGAAAAUUGUUGUGGUGUGUGGUAGGGUUUUUGUUUUCUUUUGUUCUGAGUUUUCAUUUUUCCCUUUGGUCUCCUGGCUUUUUCCUUUCCCUUUCCUUUCUUCUCCAUCGGCCCUCCUUGGGCCUUCUCCCUAUGUCAAUCCCCAUAGGAAGCUGCCCGCCCCCUCUCUCCGCCUGCAGCAUGCAUCCAAGGCCAGAGCUCAGGCCUGCAGACUGGGUUGGUGCCUCCUCCGCCUCAGGGGCAUGAGAGCUGGGGAAGGAAGGGUCCUUUAAAAAAUAAUAAUGAAAGGGAAGAAAUAAGUGAAGUCUUUGGCAGUUUCCGCCCGCUCAGAUCCUUGAAGGCUGCAAGGUUUUGCUGAUCUGGGUUCAUUAGGAAUGUCCUCUUGCCAGCCAGAGCCAAGACCCAGGCCUGCUGAGAGCAGAGGCCCUCCCAGUCCCCAGGCUGCUACCACCCUAGGGGGCUAGUCUUACAGAAGAGGCUGCAGAAAGCUGGGGGCAGCCACCAUCAGGAAGCCCCUCUCCGGGGCCAGAACUCCUUUGCCAGUGUGGAUUCCUCAAGUCGGGACUGCAUAACUAAAGCAGUUGCAGUUUUAUUAUUUUUUUUUUUUUUACAGCUUUUUUCCCAAAAAUGAUUUGUAGUUGUGUGUGCAGCACUUUGCCCUGAUAUGUGUGCUCUACAAUAAAAACCAAAUCUAAUAUAUUUUGAAA